AUGGACUGCGCCUUUGUGGCCUCGAGUCCACAUGUGUACGGUCUGGAAGUCACCUAUCAGCAGAUGCCCGCGGGCAAAGAGAACGUUCAUCUACAGAACAGUUUCGAAGCCUAUGACCAAACCCAAAUCAUGCUCGGGCAUCCCACGCUAACCUCCACCUUAUCGGCAUCCUUGAACUCCAUUGAUGUACAGCAUUUGUCUCCCUCUUCAUCUUCUACAGCAUCAUCCUCACAGUCGACCCAAUGUAGAUGUAUUAUUGAUACGACGAAUCCGACCAACUUGGAACGCGACUUCUACGCAUGGCUACAGGUGAGACACAGUACUGCUUUGUCCUAAAAUACAUGAGUUUAAUUUUUUACUAAACCUUUUUGGUUUGAAACAAGCAGUUUUAAUCGUUGCACUAUUUUAUAGUACUUCCCCUUUCUUUAAACACAAACGUAUUCUUUCGGUCAAAAAAUACGUAGAAUUUCAGGGCAACGAAGUGAUGGGUCGAAAUACGCCGUGCACUUUCCAAAACGCCGCUGAUAUCGAUUUGUUUGAGAGUUUAUCACCGGGGACUUCACAUUGUUCGGAAGCUUCUUCCUCCAACCAAGAAUCUUCGAUGGGGAAACAAAAAAAUCGAAGGAAGAGGAAUGUCGACAAAGGUACGUUGACAUGACUUUUGAAGAUUCAUAUGCCUACGUAAUCAAAAGCAUACGUUACGUUAAGGGUUGGCAUUCAAACAGUCGGCAACUUAAAAAAUCAUUUGAAAACUCAGUAGACUUUUGGUUAAAACAUAGAGAAAAGAUAAUAAAGCUAGAAACUUGAAUAAUAUAACCAACACACAAGAAUAAAAGUCAUAUGAUCAUCAAAAAUAAUAUCUGAAUACCUAAAAUCACUAUAAUAACUAAAUUAUUAGUAAAAUUGUUGCAUUCAAAACUUGAUCAAAACUAUUACGUCUAAUACUAACUUGCCAUAUUAAAGGACGCGGUACCAAUUUGUAUGGCCGACCGUACUGUCCUGGUAGACCGUUGAGUAUGGACGAAAGAUACCAAAUCAUACAGUUAUUUCAAGCCGGAAUGAAGGUAAACGCAAUCUCAAAACAACUAUGCAUUUCUCACGGCUGUGUGUCUAAAAUCAUAACACGGUAAGAUUUUUUAAAAUUAUAGACCUUUUUAAAUUUGAAUAAUGGUUUUUAGCUGUUUUCUUACCUUCAACUUCCAAAACAGCUUUCAGAUUUGAAAUAUAAAGAAUGUUAUUCAAAUAUUUAAAUUUUAAAAUAUUUUUUUUAAAAUUACUUUCCCAAUUCGUUAUCAAAAACAAAACCCACCUGAUUCCAGAUUCCGCGACACGGGCCUUCUGAUCCCGUCCUCGCACGCCGAAUGCCGACGUCGGAAACGGCUUCAGAUGGAAGCAAGCAGCGAACAAAUGGGCUGA